AUGGAGAGCAGUGUUGAAAGUAUGCAGAGGUCUAACUCACUUGGGUCACGCCCCGUAAGAAGCCGAUGGGGGAGGCGUAGGGGGCAAAGAGCCCGUUCUACAUCAAUAACUAAUGCAGACGUCCCAAGGAACCAUAGGCAACAUUACUACGCCUCGAGAGGGCAACCAAUUGUGUGUGAAAGCGCCAAUUUUACAUUGUUUGAGUCGGGCCUCCAUGAACACCGUAUCGAACUGGUGCCAUUCCUAACGGAGAACUCAGAACCCACAGAGGAUAGCCGGCUGGAAGACUUUAUUAAGAGGCGAAAGAGGCAAGUGUUAAAAAUACCAAAGGUAUUCAAGUACAAGAAACCAGCACCGCGCAUGGAAAGUGCACUGUCUCUACUUCCUGCUAAUGACGACGCAUUUGACUUGAACGAAAAAUUUCGGGAUCUCGGACUGCAGGACAGUCAUACGGCACUUAAAUUAGAUAAUGAAGCAGCAGCUAUUGGUCCCAAAGAUUUGAAGCUGAUUAGUGACCUUUCUAGCAAAAUAAACUCAUCACUUCAAAAUCAAUUUAACUCAAAACCAGAUCCUGAUGAUACCGGCUCCCUUAAAGAUAGGUACGGCACACAUGUGCGCCAAAUUGGUUGCGGGUUGUCUGGUAAGAUAUUUGUCUACGUGAAGACGAUCGGGGAAAACGAUACAAGUAAUGGGACAACAUACUCUAAAGAUAACAAAUGGUUUUAUGCCAUCAAGGAAUUCAGGAAAAGAAAGACUGGCGAACUGACUGAAAACUACAGCGCUAAAAUCAUAUCUGAAUUUGUCAUAGGAAAAGCACUAUCGACAGAACCACUUCACUGCCCGAAUAUUGUUAAGGUACUUGACUUGAUGGAGACAGGGAAAAACCCCUCGGUAUUUGUUGAGGUUAUGGAGUUCUGUCCCUCUGGAGAUUUAUACUCGUACAUUUCCAGACUGUCGAAGAAGGGAACAAAAAUGCAUCCGUUAGAAGCUGACUGUUUUUUGAAGCAAUUGCUACUAGGUGUCCAAUUUCUGCAUUUCCAUGGUAUUGCCCACUGCGAUAUCAAACUGGAAAAUCUAUUGUUGUGCCCAGAUGGUCUCUUAAAGAUAUGCGAUUUUGGUUCCAGUUAUGUCUUUCAAACAGCAUGGGAAAGCACAGUACACUUCGAACGAAAUCCUGUUGGGUCAGAACCGUACAUCGCACCUGAAGAAUUUGUCGUAGACCGGGAAUACGAUCCAAGACUAGUGGAUUGCUGGAGCUGUGGAGUGGCCUACAUGUGUAUGAUAGUGGGUCGUUUCAUAUGGCAUGCUGCCAAGGAGGACACUGAUGCAGCUUAUGCAAACUUUUGCAGAGAGAUAUCUCAACAUGGGAGAUACGGCAUUUUUGAGGAGUUAACUCACCACAAUGUGGUCACAAAUCUCCUUAGAAAAAAAUGCCUGUACAAGGUCUUUCAACCACGACCAACUGCGAGAUUAUCAGUACGUGAAUGGCUUAACAACAAGUGGAUGAAACAGGUUGAGUGCUGUCAGGAACACUUGUAUGAGCACUAG